AUGUCCCUCUUCAAAAUCAUCAACUUGGCUCAGGUCCAUGCUGCUAGAGGUGCUGAUUCGAUCCUUCGUUAUACAACCCGUUUUGGUAUUUAUAGAAUUCAAUUGUUUAAAACGUUGUUGAUUUCAACUUUGUUAUUGAUAUUCAUCACCCAGAUCUUCCAUUCUUUAAGCUCAUCAUCAUCAGAACAAGCUCAUAAGGAUCUUUUGGUCAUUAAACCUGAAGAUGUUUAUAACUCCCAUUAUGAUUCUUUAGUGGAUUUGCAAAACUUGGAACAUUUAGGUUUGAACCAAAGAUGUAAUACUUUUUUCGAAAAAUUAUCAUCAAGUCAAGAUUUCAAAGACUUUGAUUGGUUUAAUGCAAAUUUAAAAGAUGUGAAAAUUGUACCAAAAUUGAAAACUUUCAUAGAACAAAAAAAACUGGAACAUAAACAAGAUGAUAAGAUUCCAAAUGAUAAAAUAAAAGAAUGGGAAAAGGAAUAUAAUUCAAAUUUCAGUAAUGAUAAGAUAUAUAUGAAAAGAUUACUUGAUUUCAUUUCAAAUCUAAGAAUCUAUGGAACUUGUUAUAUUGAAAAUAAUCUAUUCAAUGAAAUUACAGGUGCUAAAAAGGCUUAUAAUUUAUUUUGGGAUGAUGAAGCUAAAAAGGAUUUAACAAAUUCAAAUACCUUCCAAAUCUCAAAUGAAUUAGAAAUUAGAUUAUUCCCAUGGAUUACUAAAAUUUAUCCAGUUUUCAAGCAUGGUUUAAAACAAUUGAGUGUUGGAUUACCUCAGAUUUCCAAUGAUGCUGAUAAUGAUGACCAGGAUUUCAAUUCAAAAUCUUCAUUCCUGUACAAUUAUAAACAUGGGUUGAAUGGGAAAGGUAUUGUUAUUCCAAUUUAUGAUUCUUCAGAUAUAAAAUAUCUCUUCAAAAUUUCCAAAACUCUAAGAUUUAUUGGGAAUAAAUUACCAAUUCAAAUUGUUCAUAAAGGUUUAAUUGAUGAAGAUGAUGAAAAGAAAAUCUAUGAAGCAUUUACCAAAGAUAUAGAUGGUGAUGAAUUCUUCCAUACAGAUAUAAUUGAUUCAUUACCAAAUGGAUAUGAUACAACUUUAUCAAAACAAGAUAUAUAUUUUGUUGAUAUUAAAAUGUCAAUCACUGAUAUUUAUUCCAAAUCAAUUAUGAAUCGUGUCAAAUUUAAAAAUUUUGCCAUCUUGUUUAGUUCAUUCCAAAAAAUCAUAUUAUUAGAUCCAUCAAUUUUACCAUUCAAUAAACUAACAACUUUAUUACAAAAUGAACAAUUCAUUCAAUCAAAUUCAUUAUUUUUCCCAGAUUUGAGAUAUUCAACACCUGCAAAACUAAAUGAAGUUGAAUUCUUUACAGAUUUAUUACCAAAUAAAGUUGAUUCUCAUUUCUUUGGUAUUGAACAAGUUUCAUCAGAUUUCGUCAAAUCUUCAAGAUUUUUCCACAAGAAUUUUGCCCAACUGGUUAACAAUGAUGUUGUUGUGUUAAACAAACGUGAUAAUUUCCUUGGUGUGUUGUUAUCUUUAAGUAUUAGUCACCUACCAUUGAAAUUUGAAACUCCAUUCAUUGAAAAUGAAUUUGUUUGGUUAGGUUCUUUAUUAUCUGGUGAGAAGGUUUAUUUCCAUGACACUCCAACAAGUUUAAUUGGUACUUUUACUGAUGAUUCAAAUAGACGUAUUAAAUUAUCAGCUUCCAAAGAGAUUUGUUCAAGUCAUAAAGGUGUUUUCGAUAAUGAUAAUUCAACUUUAAUAUUCAUUACCAAUGGUGCUUUUAAUUGUGAUGAAGAUAAUAUUGAAUUGGAAAAAGAUGUUGAUAAACCAUUUUUCAGAGGAUUUGAAGGUAAAGUGGAAAGUUUAAAGAAAUGGCAAUUGGAAAAGACAAGUUUUAAAGCUGCCAUAAUUCCAGUGGCUCAAGAGUUUCAAGUGCCAAAUAAGAUUGAUGAAGUUGCUGUUUCGAUAUCUAAUGAAGAGCAUUAUUGUAAUAAUCAAAUGUUGUGUGUUUAUGAUAUAUUGGGUGCUAAAGAUGAUGCCCAAUACCAUGGUCAAGUUAUUGAGAUUGAUUCUAACCAACAUCAAGUUGUUGAAUAUAUUGAAAAGUUGUGGUCAUAA